GUAUGUUCCGUUGGACAACCCAGAUAGAAUUGAAAAAUAGAAAACAAGCAAACAUACAGCCAUGCUAUGACGAAAUCAAGGAAGCGCCACCCUCUGUCUUCACGAUGGAUGCGUUUAAGAAGUAUAUCGAGGCUAUCGCUCGUAAUCAUCAGAAGUGCAUACAUUCAAUUGCACAUUCCGCCACCGGGAAAAACGUGCGCUGCACUCGCAAAGGCAAAUGGUGCUAGAUAAAAUGGCGGACACCUUGCUCGGGGAUCCUGCCGAGCCAAAAAUUCCUUGUCAAUGGGUUUAUAAAAACUCUCGAAAAUCACGUCAUCGAAGAAGGAAAAACGCUCGAAGAAAUGAGCGGAGGCCAGAGGGUGCAGCCAAAGUCGCAUUUGGGGAUGCAGACCUGAAGCCCAUGAAAAAACAUGCCCCAGUUCCAAUCAAGGUUCUUGCCCGGAAGGCAGUGGUUAUUUGCGUUGAUGAAUAUCGGACGAGCAAGGUAUGCAGCCGUUGCGACUGUGAGACGGUCGAAGUACGAGACCCACAGAUACCUGUGUGCAAGCAUAAGAAGAAGUAUUGCCGACUGAAAAAUUUUGACAAAAGGCGAAGAGGACGUUGUUUGGAUGAUGACGGCAAUAUUCUUUGCUAUUCAUCAUAAUGCCGUCAAAGCAGACCCGCAGGCAAGUUGAAGACUUUAU